UCGGGCAAGACGGCAGUCGUCAAAGCUGCUCGGAACGAAGCGGGUUUACUUAGGUCGCCUGACAAAGGACAACAUUGUUCGAUAAGCUCACCUCUAUCGCCUUUCCUGUGAAGCUUGCAUAAUAUCUGCGAUAGAGUCCCUAUAAACGGUGAUUUUGCAAGCUGUGGCACUUUACAUCGAGCGGAUUGGACUGCGUCGUCUGUUUGGGCGAUGGCUGGAAAAGAGGGGACCGACGAAUUCUCUACGCACAGGCGGCCAGAAGACAAAGCACCACGUAGGCCUUUUCACAGAGUGGUCGACGGGGUACCAAGAUGUGCUUGGCUGGAUCCGGACAUCUUCCACGAAUUCCGCAAGUUCAGACCCAUGCCGUGCGACGUCAUAACGAGCACGUAUCCUAAAAGUGGAACUCACUGGGUACAGUUCCUCAUGCAACUCAUUCUCAAAGGAGGAGAACCGGUGGAGUCUUACGACGAGUUCACUAGUCACACUCACGCGUUGGAGUACAUGAAACACGACGAUUGGAAACCCACUCUUCCAAUGAGACUGUUCUACUCGCACCUUCCGCUGAAUAAGGACACCAUGGGCAAGGAGGCAAAGUACGUUUACAUUGCACGAAACCCGUGGGACAUCUGCGUCUCCUUCCACCACAUGAUGGCUGAGGUCAGCGUCUGGCAGUUCCAAGAUGCCACCUUCGAGGAGUUCGUGGACGCCUUUCUAGAGACCGACCUGGGCUACGGAAGCUACUUCGACCACGUCUCGUCGGGUUACAACCUGAAAGACGAGCCGAACGUGCUCUUCAUCACUUACGAGGACCUCAAGAGUGACACCCGAGGAGCAGUACUGCGCUUAGCGCGGUUUCUGGGGGAACGCUACUACCAGGCCCUGAAAGAAAACGACGAGCUCCUGGAAAAAAUACUACAGUGGACGAAGCCUGAGUAUAUGCGCAGGAUCAUUAUAUUAGAUUUCGGGAAAAACCAGAACCCAGUGUUCAAAGAAAUGUUCGAGAGGAACACGCUGUCGUGUUCUCACGGGUACGAAGGAGACAAAAGCAAGUACGCCAUGGUGAGAACAGCCAACGUGGGCGGCUGGAAAGAGUACUUCACGACGGAACUCCUGGCUCGUAUGGAGAAGAAGAUAGAAGAUGAAGGCGACAACGCAGCAUUCAUUGAUCUUUGGAAAGGCAUUCGCGAAGAGGCCAUUGCACUCGCGAAGACCGCAACCUGACAAUUGCAGAGCUGGCCGAAGAAACGCCAUAGUUCCUGUUUUUGUUCGGAAAAAUAAAACGCUGCUCACUUGCUU